ACCUUCGAAGGCACGUGAGCGUUUCUGCAAAUGUUGCCGCUACCUUGGGUCGAGGACAAGUACACGGAGCGAAGCUCGAGAAAGAGUAAAACCCGAUUCCCUUGUCCACGUUGUCGAAAGAGUUACACGACCAAGAGCGCGGUGACGGCCCACUUCAAGUACGAUUGCGGAAAACCGCCACGUUUCGAGUGCCCUUAUUGCGGCAAGUUGAGCAAGAAAAAGUUCAACAUCCAGGAUCACAUAAGGCACAAGCACCCGUCCAAGCCGGUCAUCUGCAACACGUUGUUUUAAGACAACCACGGUCUGUCAUCGUCUCGCACGCGACUUCGUCCCACGAUAAAUUUCUCCAUAAAUUUGGUCGCAAAAAUCUUGGCGGGCUCGAAAAAUUUGAAAGUUAAAAAAAGUUCGAAAAACUCUUCCCUUUUCUUUUCGUGAAACCAAUCCUCAAAGUUUCUGGCGUAGAUUCUCAAGAAAAGACAUUCUUGAGGAUUCGUUUCACCGUCUUGAAAAUUAAAUUUUUCCUCUCCCCCUAAAGACCAGAAUUUUUAAUCAGGUUUUUGCGACCGAAUUGGAUUAAACAGAUUUCGUUCACGGAAGCGUAGCCGCGUGAAAAACUGGAAAAAAGUAGUUGAAUGGGUGCUGGGAAAAACGGAGAUAUCCGAGCCAGCCAGAUAUCCAAUUCGAUCUUGCGUGAAACCCGGCCCGAUCUGUUAGAAAGAAUUUGUUCUCAGAGAAUAAAAAAUCUUUAUUGUUUGAAAAAAAAAAAAACAAGGAGAAUACAUA